UGUCACUCGCGUCGCGGGCGCCAUGGCCGCGGUGGACCUGGAGAAGCUGCGCGCGUCGGGCGCCGGCAAGGCGAUCGGGGUGCUGACCAGCGGCGGGGAUGCGCAAGGCAUGAACGCUGCCGUCAGGGCUGUGACACGCAUGGGCAUCUACGUCGGAGCCAAAGUCUUCCUCAUCUAUGAGGGCUAUGAAGGGCUGGUGGAAGGAGGCGACAACAUCAAGCCAGCCACGUGGCUCAGCGUCUCCAACAUCAUCCAGCUGGGCGGCACCAUCAUCGGCAGCGCCCGCUGCAAGGCCUUCACCACGCGGGAGGGGCGCCUGGAGGCCGCCUGCAACCUGGUCCAGCGGGGCAUCACCAACCUGUGCGUGAUCGGCGGUGACGGCAGCCUGACGGGCGCCAACAUCUUCCGCAAGGAGUGGAGCGGGCUGCUGGAGGAGCUGGUGGCGGCAGGCAGGAUCCCGGCCGCCACGGCGCAGACCCACGCGCACCUGAGCAUCGCGGGGCUGGUGGGCUCCAUCGACAACGACUUCUGCGGCACCGACAUGACCAUCGGCACCGACUCGGCGCUGCACCGCAUCAUGGAGGUCAUCGACGCCAUCACCACCACGGCGCAGAGCCACCAGCGGACCUUCGUGCUGGAGGUGAUGGGGCGCCACUGUGGGUACCUGGCCCUGGUCUCCGCCCUGGCUUCGGGGGCCGACUGGCUCUUCAUCCCUGAGGCACCCCCUGAGGAUGGCUGGGAGAACUUCAUGUGUGAGAGGCUGGGCGAGACUCGGAGCCGGGGGUCUCGGCUGAACAUCAUUAUCAUGGCCGAGGGCGCCAUCGACCGCCAUGGCAAGCCCAUCUCCUCUCGCUACGUGAAGGACCUGGUGGUGCAGCGACUGGGCUUCGACACGCGGGUCACUGUCCUGGGCCAUGUGCAGAGGGGAGGGACCCCGUCCGCCUUCGACCGCGUCCUGAGCAGCAAGAUGGGGGUGGAGGCGGUGAUGGCGUUGCUCGAGGCCACCCCCGAUACCCCUGCCUGUGUGGUGAGUCUGUCCGGGAACCAGCCUGUGAGGCUGCCGCUCAUGGAGUGUGUGCAAGUGACGAAGGAGGUGCAGAAGGCCAUGGAUGAGCUGCGUUUUGAAGAGGCCAUACAGCUGCGGGGCCGGAGCUUCGAGAAUAACUGGAACAUCUACAAGAUGCUGGCGCACCAGAAGCCAGCCAAGGCCAAGUCCAGCUUUGCCAUGGCCAUCCUGAACGUGGGGGCCCCCGCGGCCGGCAUGAACGCGGCUGUGCGCUCCGCGGCUCGAACUGCCAUCUCCCAGGGCCACAGGGUGUACGUGGUGCACGACGGCUUCGAAGGCCUGGCGGCCGGGCAGGUGCAAGAAGUGGGCUGGCACGAUGUGGCCGGCUGGCUGGGGCGUGGCGGCUCUAUGCUGGGGACUAAGAGGACCCUACCCAAGGCCUUCUUGGAGAAGAUAGUGGCCAACAUCCGCAUCCACGACAUCCACGCCCUGCUGGUCAUCGGGGGCUUCGAGGCCUACGAGGGUGUGCUGCAGCUGGUGGAGGCGCGAGGCCGCUUCGAGGAGCUGUGCAUCGUCAUGUGCGUCAUCCCCGCCACCAUCAGCAACAACGUUCCUGGCACUGACUUCAGCCUGGGCUCAGACACAGCCGUCAACGCUGCCAUGGAGAGCUGUGACCGUAUCAAGCAGUCGGCAUCGGGGACCAAGAGGCGCGUGUUCGUGGUUGAGACUAUGGGGGGGUUCUGUGGCUACCUAGCCACUGUCACGGGCAUCGCCGUGGGCGCCGACGCCGCCUACAUCUUCGAGGACCCCUUCAACAUCCACGACCUGGAGGCCAACGUGGAGCACAUGACAGAGAAGAUGAAGACAGAGAUCCAGAGGGGCCUGGUGAUACGGAACGAGAAGUGUCACGAGCACUACACCACAGAUUUCCUGUACAGCCUUUACUCCUCUGAGGGCAAAGGCGUGUUCGACUGCAGGACCAACGUGCUGGGGCACCUGCAGCAGGGUGGGGCUCCGACCCCCUUUGAUCGGAACUACGGCACCAAGCUGGGAGUGAAGGCGGCGCUCUGGAUCUCCGAGCAGCUGCAGACCUUCUACCGCAAUGGCCGUGUGUUUGCCAACUGCCCCGACUCGGCUGUCGUGAUCGGCCUGCGGAAGAAGGUAGUGGCCUUCAGCCCCGUCACUGAGCUCAAGAAGGACACGGACUUCGAGCACCGUAUGCCCCGCGAGCAGUGGUGGCUGAGCCUGCGCCUGCUGCUGAAGAUGUUGGCACACUACCGAGUCAGCCUGGCCGAUUACGUGUCGGGGGAGCUGGAGCACGUCACGCGCCGAAGCCUCAGCGUCGACACGGGCUUCUGAGCGCUCAGCAAGGACGCUGGGCCGGGGCUGGGCCCCACUUCCACUUCUGCGGAUGGCCAGGAAGUCAGUGCUGGGCCCGUUCUCCGUCCUCCGUGCCUGGCAUCUCUCAGGCCCGAUGGGGAGGGGUGCACCGAAUUCUGGGGCCUCACAACUAUCCCUUCUGUAAAAAUGAAAUCUCCAACCGUGGA